AUGCCCCGUGUCUUCCUGGUCAGGAGUCGGCGUCCACAGCUGUCUAACUGGGGCCACCUGCCUGACCAGCUCCGGGGAGAUGCCUACAUCCCAGACUGCAGCAGCCUGGCAGGACCAGCGGGAUACCAGACUCCUGGCCUUAGCAGCUCCUGGGCAGCGCACACUCAAGCAACCCUGGCCUCUGCUCCCAGGGGGUCUGGGACCAUUGGCUGCCCACUCUGCCCCAAGGCCUUCCCACUGCAGCGUAUGCUGACUCGGCACCUCAAGUGCCACAGUCCUGCACGCCGCCACGUGUGCCGCUGCUGUGGCAAGGGCUUUCAUGAUGCCUUCGAUCUCAAGCGCCACAUGAGGACACACACUGGGAUCCGGCCAUUCCGCUGUGGCGCUUGCGGGAAAGCUUUCACGCAGCGCUGCUCCCUCGAGGCGCAUCUCGCCAAGGUGCACGGGCAGCCGGCCAGUUACGCCUACCGCGAGCGCCGCGAGAAGCUGCACGUGUGCGAGGACUGCGGCUUCACCAGCUCGCGGCCCGAUGCCUACGCGCAGCACCGCAGCUUGCACCGCACGGCCUGA